CAACAUUUGUACAUAUGCUGAGAAAAAGGGAGCACUUUCAUGUUUCAGCAGGCUGGCUGACAGACCACCGUCUGUCCUCUGGGAGGAGUCACAGAGAGGCUGUUUACAUCCAUUCAGCUUUAAACAUAUUCUGGAUUAGAUCAAAACUGGAGAGAAUUACUGCAGCACUGAGGACAAGACAUGCAAGAUGCAGUGCUACGAGAACGUGGUGAACUAUCUGAGCUGUGGGAUGCUCCUGGCAGGACUUCUUCACCUGAUCAAUCACAGGAAAGCACAGGCUGCCUACGGACGCCACAUGAAACUAUCCUCUCCUGCUAGAAUGGUACCUGCCAGACUUGCCUGGUUCCUGCAGGAGAUGCCAGCUCUUUUGAUGCCCCUGCUGUUGAUACAACUUUCACACCAGUAUUCCUCCAUGGGAAGGGCCUUAUUGCUCAAGACCUUCUGUUUGCACUAUUUUCAAAGGACAUUUGUGUAUUCAGUGCUGACCAGAGGACAGCCUCUCCCUCUGACUGUGAUGGCGUCAGCAAGUUUCUUCUGUUCAUUAAAUGGUUUUCUGCAGGGUCACUAUCUGCUGCAUUGUGCCCAGUUUGAUGAGGAAUGGUCAACUGGCUACCGCUAUAUAUUUGGUCUACUGGUGUUCUACACAGGAAUGGUGAUCAAUAUGCACAGUGAUUACAUUCUGCGCAACCUAAGGAAACCAAAAGAGAUCGUUUACAGAAUUCCAGCAGGUGGCCUGUUUGAAUAUGUGUCUGGUGCCAACUACUUUGGGGAGCUUGUUGAGUGGUUUGGCUACGCUAUAGCAACAUGGUCUCUUCCAGCAUUCGCGAUUGCUGUCUUCAGCCUCUGUUUUAUCGGACCAAGAGCCUUUUACCACCACAGGUUUUAUAAGGAGCAUUUUAAGGAAUACCCCACAUUUCGAAAAGCUUUGAUUCCAUUCCUCUUCUGAAGCAUCCUCUCAUCAUCUUUCUUUGGAGAUGGCUGCAGGAACCUGCAUCCAAGUUGUAGUUUUGGCUCUAAAACGGCAAACUUUAUCAUUUUUGAGAUCUCUGGCCGUAAGUUAGUACUAUCCUUUAAAAUAUGCCGUAGGGAUCUAUUUUGUAAUGACUCAACCGGUUAAGGUUAAUGAGAAUUUAUUGCUAUUUUUUUUAUUUUCCUUUUUUGUUUCACAAGGUUAGCAGGCCUUCUUAUCUCAAAUUCCUUCUGUGUCGAUGCUUCCUAACUGCCCCCUGGGAGAAGAUAAAUUAGGAGCCUCCAACUUCUGUUAGAGCUAGAUUAAUUUAUGGGAUGCAUUCAUGUUCAGUCAUGAAUGAAUCAAACAGCUGAAUUCCCAUACUUAGCAUCCACUAGUAUGUCGAAACAAUACUGUAUCUCAAAGCUAUGAGACAAGAUGCUCUCGAGAUCCCUGAUCUAAAUAUUUAAGGUGGCCUACUGUUCCUUGAUUUGAAAAUCCAAUAAAACGUGGAUCAAAAAAGGUAAAUAGUGGAAGACUUUAAUUCACCUUCUUAAAG